ACGGGGCGGGGCCUGGGCGGGCGCGGGGCGGGGCCUGGGCCGGCGCCUGGGACGGCCGGGCGUUCAGCCAGCGGCGUAAACUCCGCCGGAGCGCGGCGGUGGAGCAGGCAUUUGCAGCUGUGAGGAGACAGUCAGAAGGAAGCUUUUGGAGCUGAGGGAACCUGUGACAGAAGCUAGUACCCACCCGAAUUUUACUGAUGAAGAAACUGAGGCCACAGAGCUAAAGUGACUUUUCCCAAGGUCGCCCAGGGAGGACUGUGGGACUUCUCAGACGUCAGGAGAGUGAUAUGAGGGAGCUGUGUGACCAUAGAAAGUGAUGUGUUAGAAACCAGCGCCACCCUCUUUGAAAGUCGGGGAGCAUCGUUCAUUUAGCCUGCUUGGAAGAAGAAACCAGGUGUCCGGGAUCCAGACCUUUCUGCAGCCCCCAGUGUUUUCGGUGCUUCCCGAGGCAGGGCUAUGCUAACAUUCAUGGCUUCUGACAGCGAGGAAGAAAUGUGUGACGAGCGGACGUCCCUGAUGUCGGCCGAGAGCCCCACACCGCAUUCCUGCCAGGAGGGCAGGCAGGGCCAGGAGGAUGGAGAGAACACUGCCCAGUGGAGAAGCCAGGAGAACGAGGAGGACGGUGAGGAGGACCCUGACCGCUACGUCUGUAGUGGAGUUCCUGGGCGGCCGUCAGGCCUGGAGGAAGAGCUGACUCUCAAGUAUGGGGCGAAGCACGUGAUCAUGCUCUUUGUGCCUGUCACUCUGUGCAUGAUCGUGGUGGUAGCCACCAUCAAGUCUGUGCGCUUCUACACGGAGAAGAAUGGACAGCUCAUCUACACGCCGUUCACUGAGGACACGCCCUCGGUGGGCCAGCGCCUCCUCAACUCCGUGCUCAACACCCUCAUCAUGAUUAGUGUCAUCGUGGUCAUGACCAUCUUCUUGGUGGUGCUCUACAAGUACCGCUGUUACAAGUUCAUCCAUGGCUGGUUGAUCAUGUCUUCCCUGAUGCUGCUGUUCCUCUUCACCUAUAUCUACCUUGGGGAAGUGCUUAAGACCUACAACGUUGCCAUGGACUACCCCACCCUCUUGCUGACGGUCUGGAACUUUGGGGCGGUGGGCAUGGUGUGCAUCCACUGGAAGGGGCCACUGGUGUUGCAGCAGGCCUACCUCAUCAUGAUCAGCGCACUCAUGGCCUUGGUGUUCAUCAAGUACCUCCCAGAGUGGUCCGCGUGGGUCAUCUUGGGCGCCAUCUCUGUGUAUGAUCUUGUGGCUGUGCUGUGUCCCAAAGGGCCUCUGAGAAUGCUGGUAGAAACUGCCCAGGAGAGAAACGAGCCCAUAUUCCCUGCCCUGAUAUACUCAUCCGCCAUGGUGUGGACAGUGGGCAUGGCGAAGCUGGACCCCUCCUCUCAGGGUGCCCUCCAGCUCCCCUACGACCCAGAGAUGGAAGAAGACUCCUAUGACAGUUUUGGCGAGCCUUCAUACCCUGAAGUCUUUGAGCCUCCCCUGACUGGAUACCCAGGGGAGGAGCUGGAGGAAGAGGAGGAAAGGGGCGUGAAGCUUGGCCUUGGGGACUUCAUCUUCUACAGCGUGCUGGUGGGCAAGGCGGCAGCCACGGGCAGCGGAGACUGGAACACCACGCUGGCCUGCUUCGUGGCCAUCCUCAUUGGCUUGUGUCUGACCCUCCUGCUGCUUGCUGUGUUCAAGAAGGCGCUGCCCGCGCUCCCCAUCUCCAUCACGUUCGGGCUCAUCUUUUACUUCUCCACGGACAACGUGGUACGGCCGUUCAUGGACACGCUGGCCUCCCAUCAGCUGUACAUCUGAGGGACGCGGUGCGCCACAGGCCGCAAGCUGCAGGGAAUUUUCACUGGAUGCAGUUGUAUAGUUUUACACUCUAGUGCCAUAUAUUUUUAAGACUUUUCUUUCCUUAAAAAAAUUUAAAAACGUAUGUGUUUACUUGGUGAGGACGAAGCAGAACCAGCUCUUUGGUACCAGCUGUUUCAUCACCAGACUUUGGUUCCCCCUCUGGUUCCGCCUCACUUCACGGACAGGAGGCACAGCAGGUUUACCCAGAUGAACUGAGAAGGUCAGGUCAGGGUGGGGAGAGGAGCAUCCGGCACGUCCCCGAGGGCCAAGAUGCGUGAAGAUGUGCCUCUGUUCAGGAUCAGGACCACGUGCUUGGGAGUGGCCCCUGGCACCUGGGUGCUCUGGCAGGCAAAGAAAAGCCAGUUCCUUACGAGGAGUGUUCUCAGUGCUUUGUCCAUGAUGUCCUUGUUAUUUUACUGCUUUUAGAAGCUGAGUCCUGUUCUUGUUACGGCAGUCACACUGCUGGGAAGUGGCUUAAUAGUAAUACCAAUAAAUAGAUGAGUCCUGUUGGAA